AUGCGAUCGCUCUUGGACUCGUACAAGCAAGCCAUUCUGGGUGAGCUGAGAGCCGUGCAACCGCAAAAUAAGUGGAAAGUCUUGAUCCUCGAUCGGCAGAGCAGCAAUCUCAUUCAAAAUGUCAUGCCUCUAUCAGAGUUCUAUGACGAGAAUGUGACAGAUGUACAGAUCAUCGAAAACAUUCGCGAUGCAAAUGCAUCCUUUGAGGCGGUAUACAUGCUUAUGCCCAAGGAACAAGUGAUACAAUGUCUCGUUCAUGACCUUAAAUCAAGUCCGAGGUUGUAUGCAUCGUCUCAUCUAAUUUUCAUGUCACCACUCAGCGAUGCGCUACUGAGCAAAUUGAGACCAUUCUCAGAUAGAAUCGGCAGUCUCAAAGAACAAGCCCUCGACUUUGUACCUGCAGAGUCGCAAGUCUUUUUGACACACAAUCGUCAGUCGCCCUUUGUGCUAUACAAUCCAAGCUGUGCGGGUUUGGUCGAAGCACACAUCAAAGACAUUGCGGACAAGAUUGUCUGCAUGUGUGCCUUUUUGGGGGAAUACCCCAUGAUACGAUACUACAAACCACAUACUGCACAGCACACCGCCAGGAGUCUCUGCGCAAAGCUUGCAAAUGUGUUGCAAGCAGGGUUGGACGACUACUCUCGCAGCAACGAGUCCUUCCCACCCCAGACGGACAGGCCGCGCAGCAUUCUUUUCAUUUGCGACCGGACGAUGGAUUUGUAUGCUCCAUUGGUCCAUGAGUUCACGUUUCAGUCCAUGGCCAACGAUUUGUUGCCUAUACGCGAUGGAGUCUUUUACGAGUAUGAAAUCGUCGGUCCAAAAGGCCGUGAAAAGGUGCAAGAGGUUAUAUCGGAAGAUGACGCUGCUUGGACAUCUGUGCGCCAUAUGCAUAUGUCUCUUGCCAUUGACAAGCUUGUUCACGACUUCAACAAGUUCUCGAAAGACAAUGAAAGCUUCACAUCUGAAGCCAAAGCGACAAACCUCAAUACCAUCCGCAAUAUGCUGGCGAACAUGGAUUCAUACGCGCAGGGGAAGGACAAGUACUCUCUUUACAUCAAUAUGGCGCAAGACUGUAUGAACAUCUUCGAAAAGAACCAGCUGCCACUUAUUGCUCAAAUUGAACAAAAUUGCGCCACAGGCUUGACUGUACAUGGCAAGCCGCCGAAGGACACACUCGAGACCCUUGUACCCUUGCUAGAUGAUGAACGAAUCCCAAUGGAGGAUCGUACGAGGCUCCUCAUGAUUUACAUUAAUUGGAAGCAAGGAAUUUUCCCCGACGAUCGUUCAAAACUGUGCAGGCACGCCAAAAUUCGAGGUCACUUGCAAGAGGCAAUUGCCAAUCUAGAUUUGCUAGGCGUACCGGCGAGCAAGACAUCUCGAAACAAGAAGAAAGUGGCCACUACAGCGCCUGCAAACGUUGAUGAAGCAUUUGAAUUGUCACGUUAUCAGCCACGCUUGAAGGAUGUCAUCGAGCAGCAUUUCCAAGGGACGCUCAGCUUGGAUGACUUUCCUUAUACUCGCGACUUGCCACCUGAAGCGACGCCGGGUCGUAAUUCGGCACCAGGCAGCUCUCUCAGGACCAAUCGACCCGCCUGGGCUAAGGGACGAUCAAACCUUGACGUACCAAAACAGCGCGUCCUUUGUUUUGUGGCUGGUGGAGCGACCUAUAGUGAGGUUCGUGCUUGCUAUGAGCUCUCGGAAACACUGGGACGUGAUGUGCUGCUCGGGUCAACGCAUCUAUCAACGCCCAAUGACUUCAUAUCGAGCUUGUCCCACAUGCGAGCGGACCGUCGAGAGUUGGGCCUUGAAGUGGAUCGAGCACCUGCUAAGAUUCCCCUUCUUGAGCCAAGACCGAAGCCCGCUGCUGUUACCACAAACAAGAUGGCACCGCCAAGCCAUACUCAUCCAGCACAGCGAUCUGGCGUGUCACAGACGAGCAGUCACGCUCCUCAAGCUUCGAAUGUUGCACUCAAGCACCUUUCACAUGACGUUGGAUGA